AGUUCCCUACAGUUACCUCUAGGACUGCAUUGCUCCGCGCACGACUCAGUCAUUGAACAACAUAAGCAACGACGACAAUACAGAUUGCGCUAACCAAAGCAGCAGUGCCUGAAGGGCGACCUGCAAUAGUUUAUUUUGACUGUAGCAUAAUCAAAGAGUUUGGUCCAAAUUUAGCGAUAUGGUUGUCAGAGGAUGGAAGCACCAGACGAAGUGUCCGUUCGGGAACAGAUUUUCCACGACCGAAUCAGAGAGACCAUAAUAUGUGUCCUGUUUUUCGUUUGUCUUUAUAUUGUGUCCUACCUGGUCAUCACUCACUACAAGAAAAACUCUGAGUUUCCGAUUGAUGACAGUGAAGAUGCCACAGUCAACAGAAUUGCUUUGUGGCUCUGUACCUUCUCUCUCUCUGUUUCGAUGUGUGCUGUCCUCUUGCUGCCUCUCUCUAUUUUGUCCAAUGAGGUCCUUCUCUCCUUUCCACAAAGCUACUACAUGCAGUGGCUCAACGGAUCCCUUAUACAUGGACUGUGGAACGUAGUAUUCCUCUUUUUCAACCUCUCUCUAGUCAUCCUCCUGCCCUUUACAUACUUUUUCACAGAAUCUGAGGGCUUUGCAGGCUCAAAGAAGGGUGUGAUGGCUCGUGUUUAUGAGACUGCAGUCGUCCUCCUGCUCCUCACCCUGCUGGUGCUAGGUAUGGUGUGGGUGGCAUCUGCCCUUCUGCAUGACAACAACAUGGCCAGAAAAGGUCUCUAUGAUCUGUGGGAGUACUACCUGCCCUACCUCUACUCAUGUAUUUCUUUGUUUGGGGUCCUGCUUCUCCUGUUAUGUACACCUCUAGGACUUUCUCGUAUGUUCAGUAUCACAGGGAGCUUACUCGUCAAACCACGGCUGUUGGAGGAUGUGGACGAGACCAUGAGCUGUGCUGUGUUCGAAGAGGCCUCCAUCUCUAAAAAACUUACAAAUGGGACUACCUGUUGGAUGAAUGUGAAUAUGGAGGCCCUGAGGAAUCAAUACCUCUCCACUCAUGCCAACCGGAUAGCUUUGGAAAUGCGAAGGAGAGCUUCACCAUGGCAGCGUAACCUUGGAUAUCCAUUAGCCAUGCUGCUGCUGCUGGCUCUAACAGUGGUGUCCGUUCUCAUUGUGUGUUUCCAUGUUGUUGAGCUGAUGUUUGAUGAGACAGCUAUGCCUCGUGGGAUGAAGGGCCCUCUUCUAGGUGCUGCCUCGUUCUCUAUGUUUGGUUCAUUGGGGGCAGCAAUGCAAGUCAUACUUAUCCUGUACCUGAUGAUCUCCUCUGUGGUCGGAUUCUACAGCUUACCUCUUUUUGCCAAACUACGUCCUCAGAAACAGGAUACCUCUCUGACACAGGUCAUUGGGAACUGUGUGUCUCUGCUAGUGCUCAGCUCAGCUCUGCCUGUAUUCUCCAGGACUCUGGGGAUCACCCGAUUUGAUCUGCUGGGUGAUUUUGGACGGUACAACUGGCUUGGGAACUUCCACAUUGUGUUCCUAUACAACAUUCUGUUUGCUGGGCUGACCUCUGCCUGUCUCAUCAACACACUGACUUGGACUGUGCAGAGAGAACUGAUACGAGCGUUUGGUCUACAUAAACUGCCAAUGACUGUGUCCCGCUCAACUGUCCCACUCAGGCUCCUAUUAGCAAAUGGACUCUCAAAGUUUCAUUGACUUUUUAAUUAGCCAAUAUGUGUGCUACUGCUUACUAAAGCAUGUCUAAAAACAGGACUCUAUUGUAUUGAAGGAUGAAUGGUCAGAGCUGGAGUGAGAAAUGUUCUAUAAUUCCACUCUUUCUUAUCCAUUCUAUUUCCCUUGUCACCAGGUGCACCUAAAUAAGUAGCCAUAUAUUUUACUUAAUUCUGUCAUCAAUUCAUUCAAUCGUUAUUCUUUUUUUCCUUUGCUAAUUUUUAGCACUGCAAAACCGUACCUACCUAAUUUUACUGUAAACAAGGUGGACUAAAUAAAUGCCUUGGAUUUAUGACCAAGUGAAACUGUGAUUAGUUUACAAUAUGUACUAUGUUCAUAUCGGUGUAUGUGUGUACAGUAUGUAUAUGUGUUUAUGUGCCUAUGUAUUUUAAUUUUAUAUACAGUAUAUAUUUUUUCACAUACAGGUAGUUAAAUGAUUCACUUGAUUUUUUUUACAAGCACAUUCUUCUUUAAUUUAGGCUGUUCAGACUUUCAGAGAAUGUUCUAAUUAACUGAAACUCCUCACAUACCAAUAUCGAAUGUGUUGUCAUUUUAAACUGUACAUGCCUAAGCUGUAAACAAUUGUACUUGCUCUGUAGCCUAGCUGAUCUUUUUUUUUGUAUUACACAAUAAGUACAUGUUAAUGUACUCAGUUUAAACAAUGAAUAAAGGGUGUCAAAGCUAGAAUCUUUUUUACUGCUGUGACAAAAAAAACGAUAUUUAUGUCUCUUUUUCCUAUUCCAUUUGUUUAAUCUUAAACCUGUUGAUCUAUAGUCCAAUAUCUACCAGAGCUAUACCUAUAUCCCUGUGUGAGUGUAACAAUCACAUAUUAUUUCCCUAUAAUUAUACCUAUUAGCCCCCUAUACCUAUUAGUAAACAAUAUGUUAUUGUUACACACACACAAUGUGUAUCUACAUAGAUAAAUAGAGAGAGAGAGAAGAAAGACAUAUUAGAUAGAUUAGAUAUAUGAGAGAGAGAGAGUUAUAUAGCUAGGAAGAAAGAAAAAAAUAAAACAUCCUGUUAUGGUCCGACAGCAUGAAGGGUAGGUAAAAAAAAAAAAAAAAAAAUACGGGUGAGAGUGACCUCUACAGUACAAAGUAAGACACAUUCCCUCGUGUAAGAAUGUGACGUAAAUAGUUUUACGACGGUGUGCUUGCUCAAUGUCUAGUUUUCGACAGUGAGACUCGCGCAUCGCAACUGCUGUGAAUAAGCCUUUUUUCUUUCCCGUUUUAAGUUAAAAAUACUGCUACUUUUAUCAUUUAAAACGAAACAUUGAUAUAGAUACUUAUAUCGAAAAAGGUUUGAUAAUAAUUAUCAACCGAAGUACUUUUCCUUCGUGCUUCAAUUCUGUUUAGAAGUUGCAACUUGAGGCCCAGCGUUGUGCGCUCGAGUGGUCUUGAAAAGUUUGUUGUUGUCACGUGACGGGAUACAUAUGAGGCGAUAAAGUUUUCGUUUCGAUAUUAAAA